AUGUCAUUAGAACCAAAGAUAUUUAAACUAAUUGCAGACGAUCAAAGGUAUUUUCGUUAUAUUUCGAAAAAGACGAAGGAUGAAUCUGCGUAUAAAGUAAUUAAUAUUCCUGAGGAGUCAUUUUUAUCCAAAAGCCUUCAAGAGCUAACAUUUGAUGAGUUAUCACAAUGUUUAAAAGUUAGGUUUUUAGGAGAAAUACCCUUAAACUGGAAAAUAUCCAAGAAGAAUGUUCGUAAAAAUAUUUUAAAAUUACUUCACGAAAUUUCUAGAAAUGUUUAUGUGGUUAAAGCCCUCACAAAUGAGGGGAAAUAUUUCUAUGGUGAGGAUUUUAAUAUAAAAGAUAUUAAACUUCAAAAGACCUUCGACAAUAAAAACAUGUUCGACGCUGAUUUAGGGAGUUUAAUAGAUGGAUUGGAUGUAAAAAAAAAUAACAAAAUUCAAAAAUUGUCAACUACUAAAUCAAAAAAUGUAUCUUCAAGAAGGAAUGUACAUUACACCAGGAAGAGACACCAGUAUAUAAACACAACGCAUAAGCAAAAGAAUCCAAAUAAAAUUUUCAAUUUUAAUAAAAAAAAUAACAUAUUAAAGUCAAAUACCAAGACUAUCAUGGUAAAUGAGUCUUCUUACCAAAAUUUGUUCCCUAGAAGUAUCAGAAAGAACCUAAACGAUACGGUAAUUGCUGGUGAUACCCUUCACGAAUCUACAGAUGAUGAAGUUGAGUGUAUGAAUUUUCCACUGGUUGAAGGUUACAGAACUGAGGAAAAUACAAAUAUAAUUUCAGUGCAACCUAAAAGCUGUCGUCAAAAGGAGAAGACACAAGGCCUUGGUAAGGUUCAACGUCCAAGAUACUUUCAUACCCCCAACCCCUCAAAUAUUAAAUAUUUUCAGGGUAAAUAUAAAAAUGGGUUUGAAAUGAUUUUAGAUGAAAGAAUGUUAGUACUAAUUGCCCCAAGAAAAGAAAGGAAAAUCCAACGAUCGAGACAAUCAAAUGUUCCGCUUUUAAGUUGUCUCAAGGCAUGGACAUGGAAUGAAAUCAAUAUUCAAGUUUACGCAUCAGAAUAUAAUGGUGACCUUUUCAUUCACUUUAAAAGUAAUAAUAAAGCAAAAUUUGUGUACUUAUUCUUACCAAAAUACAGAAGAUAUACUAAGGAAAUCUUUACGUUCCAGAUAGAUGAAAAUUGCAGAGUUCUUCCUCAAAAUAUUCAAGAAAACACCCUCUGUUUAGAAAGAAACUUGCUUGGCUCUACAGAGGGGAAAGGAAAAAGUAAUCUCCUUCAUUAUUUCAUUAGAACAAACUCGAAUAGUUCGUUAGAAAAGUUAUUUUCAAUUCUUAGUUCAAGACACCCAAUUCCAAUACGGGAGCAAUUACCUGAAAUAUCUCUUUCAGAUCAGAAAUUAUCAAUAUGUUUACCAAGGAAUAAAAAAAUAUGUAACUCAUUUGAUUAUCUCACGAGUCACAGGGUUUUGGUGAAGAAAAUUCUUCAAACAGAUUUAGGUUAUAAAGAGUGGAGCUCGCCACUAAGACGAUUCAUUAAUGUUUCUUUGAUGGAGAUGAUGCAACCGCAUGCCCAAAAUUUCAACCCUCUUAAAUAUGAAGAAGAGAUGUAUAUACUUCGAGGUAAUGUGAUAAGAAAGCUAACUGAGUCAGAGUUGAACCAAUUUUGGAGCUCUACUUAUCAUACGAAAUCAUCAUCCAAAUAUAUUUUGAAGAAAAGAGACUCACAUUUGGAAAAAGCUAACCUAAAUCCCCUAAAAAUAGAGAAACUCUAUAUGAAUAGUAUUGAAGGGUUUACUCAGGAAGUUAAGAAGGUAGUAAGAUUGAAAUCAAAUCCAUCUUAUAAGCUUGGAACUAAGAUGUGUUACUUUUUUCUCUUAAAAAAUUUACUUUUUAUAGUUCCUUCAUCGUGCGCAAUACUUCCUUUCUUAACAGAAAUACAACAAAACGUUAAAAUGACAAAUAAAAAAGAUAAAGACUCAACUCCCCAUAUAAUAGAUCCAUUAAUAUUUAACAAAUACCACCACAUACCAUGGCUGAAAAAUGAUUUAAAACUUAAAGAAUUUCAUAAAAACGAUUAUCGUUAUUUUCAACACUUUUGCCGUAAGAUUUCUCUUGUUUUAUAUUCAACCCACUGUAUUGACUUAACGACUGUGUCUAAUAUACACUUAGAUUCUCCAAGAGAUGGCAUUACAAGUUAUAUAUCUUUGAACAAUUUGAAAAAAAAACAAAAAAAGUUAUCAACUUGCAAAAAAACAUCAACUUAUAUAUCUUCUUCUGUUGUUGUUUUACAACGGGGUCGCUCAAAUGUUAAAUUCUUAUUUUCCUCAGAUCAAGUUGCAAACGAAUGGAUGACACAAUUGAACCAAAUAAAGAAUUAUUGGAAAAACCAUGAUAGCAAAAAUAAAAACCUUACAGCAAAAAAUAAUAUCAUAGUCAAUAGUACCCCCCAUACAAAUUCAUUUGCAAAGAAUGGCUCACCUUAUACCGGCAGUACUGGUUUAGUUUUAACUAAUAAUAGUAUAAUGUCAAUAUUAAUUCAUCAUGGAAUUUUAUACAUCAAAAGUGGGAAGUACAAUAUAUUCAAGAAAUAUUUAGUUGUACUGAUACCUGGAACCUUGAUACUUUACAAAAUAAACAAAAGAUCAUUUAGUGGAAAUAAUGAAACCAAUCUAAAAUACCCAGUUUAUAAGGUUGUGGUUUUAGAAUAUUGUUACGUAUACCCAGGAAAUUCGGAUUUUCGUGCUCUAUUUUCCACAAAGGUAUUAAACAAUUCCACCAAAACAAAUAGCGAUCAUAUAUCUAAAUUGUAUGGGGAUGGAUGGCGAUCUAAUGAAGACCAAUUCAUCAGAUCUUUUACUCUCCAAUUUGGAAGUCGUAAAAAAAGGAUAACCACACAAAUAGAAAAAGUUGAACCUGCUAUAACUGUUCAACCAGUAAAAGUACAUUCGGAAGAGCGUUUUCAGCAAUCCAAGACGAACAGUAAACUAAAAAAAUUAGAGGGCCUUCACUUUUUAUCUAAUAAAACAGUACAUUAUUUUCAACAAAAUCAAAUUUUUUUGGCAAGGUCACAACAAGAGAGAGAUCUCUGGGUAGCCUUGAUUUCGAAAGAGAUCGAAAGACUUCAAUAA